UUCACAGCCAUCACCAUUCCCCCCUAGCGCACCAUUGUCGCACUACACUUUUUCCUUUCUCUCAUCAUGUAAGUGCUGCCCCCUGUACAACGGCUUGAACCCGGGCUGGUUCCUGACUGUACCGUGUGCUUGAAGGGAGAAAUAUGCCAUUUACAUUUCUGGAGGAAAUCUCUUCUUGGAAUGGUUUACCUCCAGUGAAGGUUGAUGUUUCCUAGUCGGGAACCCCCAGGGUUGCUUUCAAGAUUGACCCCCGACACCUUGCGGCCUCUGCCAAUCUCCUGAGCGAGCUCCGCCUCCCACCGGACAAGACUGCUCACAAGCUCCCACUGCGUCUGCCUGCGGCAAAGCCCAGCAACCUCCGCGAGGCCCUUGGCCAAUCGCCCGGGAGGAAGGACCUCGUCGCCAUGGACACGGAGUCCACCUACUCGGGGUACUCGUACUACUCUGGUCGCUCCCGGGGAUCCCACAGACAUGGGGAGCGCAGCCGUGACCACCACAAGUCACGCAGCAAGGAUGGCAGCCGCUCAGAGAAGUCUGUCACCAUCAACGCACCGCCAGCAGAACCGCUGCUGGGAGACUCGUCUGUACUGGGGGAGGAGGUCCAGGAUGACAACUGGGGCGAGACCACCACGGCCGUCACGGGGACGUCGGAACACAGCCUGUCCCAAGAGGACAUUGUCCGGAUCACCAAGGACCUGGAGGACAGCGUGGGCCUGGACUGCCGGCGCUACUUUAGCCUGACCCUGGCUGUGGUUCUGGGCCUGCUGGUCUUCCUCACUCCCCUGGCCUUCCUGGCUCUCCCCCACCUCCUCUGGCCUGACAAGCUCCUGGUGUGCGGCACGGCCUGCGAGGGCCUCUUUAUUUCCGUGGCGUUUAAAUUGUUGAUUCUGCUGUUGGCCGUUUGGGCACUGUUCUUCCGGGCUCCGCGCGCCGGCCUGCCCCGGGUGUUUGUGUUCAGAGCACUGCUGGCCGUGCUGGUGCUGCUGUUCGUCGUGUCCUACUGGCUGUUCUACGGCGUGAGGAUUAUGGACUCACAGGAUGAGAACUACCAGGGCAUCGUGCAGUACGCUGUAUCUCUAGUAGACGCUCUGCUCUUCAUCCACUACCUGGCCAUCGUUCUGCUGGAGCUCAGGCAGCUGCAGCCCGCCUUCUCUGUCUGCGUCACGCGCUCCACCGACGGGGAGACACGCCACUACAACCUGGGCCAGCUCAGUAUUCAGCGGGCAGCAUUGGCCAUCAUAGAGAACUACUACAGGGACUUCUCUGUCCACAACCCGGCCCUACUCACCGCCUCUAAGUCCCGGGCCGCUAAGCACCUGGCCGGCCUCAAGGUCUAUAAUGUGGAUGGUGAGUUCCCGGCAACCCCCGCUACUGGCCCUGGGAACAACGCAGCGACUGGAUUGGCCCACUCCCAGUCUCGGGCUAUGAUUGCCGCUGCCGCCCGCCGCCGAGAUACCAAUCACAACGAGCUGUACUACGAGGAGGCGGAGCACGAGAGACGCGUCCGCAAACGCAAGGCCCGCCUGGUGGUGGCGGUAGAAGAGGCCUUCACACACGUCAAGCGCAUGCAGGAGGAUGAGCAGCAGCAGAAGAAAGCCCCCGGGGACGUGAUGGACCCGCGCGAGGCCGCCCAGGCCAUCUUCCCCUCCAUGGCCCGCUCCCUGCAGAAGUACCUCCGCACCACCAGGCAGCAGCACUGCCACAGCAUGGAGAGCAUCCAGCAGCACCUGGCCUUCUGCAUCACCAACAACAUGACGCCCAAGGCCUUCCUGGAGAGUUACCUGACCCCCGGGCCCACCCUGCAGUACGGCCGCGAACGCUGGCUGGCCCGGCAGUGGACUCUGGUCAGCGAGGCGUCGGUCACCAGCGGCCUCAAGGAGGGCGCCAUCUUCCUCCUCAAGUGCAUAGACUUCAGCCUGGUGGUGACGGCCAAAAGGAUCCCCUACAUCCAGCUUUCAGAGGAGUUCAUCGACCCCAAGUCGCACAAGUUUGUCCUGCGGCUACAGUCAGAGACCUCUGUGUAGAAUUGGACAACUGUUUUUACCACCACGCACCUUCUUUUUUUUUUUUUUUUUUCAAAAUAGUUUUAUUUUGGGUUUGCGGUUUUAUUUUAUUUUGGGAUUUUUUAUAUAUUAUGUAUGAAUAUAUGUUACACACACGUUGGAAAAUAUUGUCCUUUUUUAUCUAUGGUUUACCUGGUUUGAGUUCAUAAAAAAAAGAUAUACACCGGUGAUGAAUUUGACUUGUCUUGCAUACAUACACACACAGAAGAUUGAACUGAACUCUGUGGAGAUGAAGCUAUAGAUGAACAAUGUGUGCACGCAACUGCAUAUGUGUCAAUAUCUAUGAACACCGUUGUUCCACCUCAAAGACUGAUGCAGAGCUCAAGACGAGGAAUUGUUUUAAUUCCAUGACUCAAGACAGAAAGUUGAGACUUUUUUGGGGGAGGGACAUCUCACCGAGGAGUCAAAUGACACUACUGUUGCCAUGGACAUUCCUUCAUUCCCCCUCGGCUAAACCACUACAGAUGGUGAACUGCCACUAUUUAACUUCUGGACAAAAUAUAUCUUUUAACACAAACCGUCUCAGGCCUGUCUGCUGUUCUGAAACUAUAGCUACUUAAUUUACAUGUUUUUGCGUUACAUGCACAUGUUCUCUACAUCUAUAUUGAUUAUGUAUAAACACAUUGUGAUAUAAUGGUGUUUAAGUCUAUGCGUACUGGGUCAAUCUCCCUCCCAUUUCCUUAUAUCCAGAUCUGUGGAUGUACAGAGUAAGACAUGAAUAUCAGUAGCAUUCGUUGUUAUUCUGAUUGUAAACAAAACCCUUGUUUUAGCUGUUAUAGGUGAUUGUUAAAUAGAUAUUCGAAUUCAAUGCCAAUUUAUACGAUUAACCCCAAGGCUGAAGGCCUUAAAUCUCCAAGGGAUCUGUUCAAAAAAUAUUUUUAGGCCUCAAAGUGUGUACUGUAGUACGGCUUAUGCGUACAGCAGCACUUUCCCAGGUGCGAUGUCGCAAUACAACAGCAUGUUGUACAUCUCGUCCACAAGCCAGCUCUCUCUCUGUAACAGAAGGUUAUUCUGUACCAUACAGGACUAUUUUCUGUUAUAAGUACUGCUGUCAACAUGGGGGCUCAGAAUGGUCGAACCAUAUCCCAAAUUAACAGAUACCAAUAUACACUCAUGGCUGGUUUGUAAAGCAGAGCUCUUCAAAUGUUUAAAACCCAAAGUCGCCCAUAUUAGGAGUCCCAUAGGAUCCUUAUUGCUGAUGUAACUCAAUAUUUACAGCGUCUGUAAUGGGUUUUGUAGAUGUGCUGCUGUCUCGUUCCCCUUUUCAAUUUUAAAUGGGAGGUUCACACUUCCCAGCUUAGUCAUAUUUUGAUAAAGAGUCCAUUAAGGACCUUAUAUUUGCUGAAACUUAACAGUUACCUUUUUAUAAAGCAACACACAUGCCCCGCAUAUAUCUCUUCUCAGGGUUCAGGCUUUCACUUCUAUCACACUUUGCAUGAUGGAGCACUCCACGAGAGAAAAUACACAGAUACAACUAAUGUAUGACACUGAUUUGGACCACAGCCUCAAUCUGCCUGUGUACCUUGUACACGGUACGCAGAACUCUAUUCUGCAGCUCUUACCAUUUAAGGUCUAAGUGAUUAAUUAAGCUAAACGCCUCUUGAAAUGGUGAGUACAGUAUGAGGUGGUGAAGAGGAGCCUCCCUUGUAACUCACCCGUCUGGUUAGUCUCCUAUUACAAUGUCAUCAAGCGAGAUAUCAUGUUGAGCCGUGAAUCUGGGGACCUGAUAGCUUUGAAUCUGUUCCUUAUUAAAAAAGGAUGAACAUAACAAUCCCUAAUAACAUCAGAAUCCUAUAUUCUCCACCUAGUGAAUGUGGGUGGCAGAUUGAGAUCCAUCCAGGAUGAGUUGUUUGAGGUGAUCAGGAUCCUAUUUACGUAAAAUCCCCAUGUAGAAUGGGCUUCUAAGGCUUGUAGAGGUCCUCCACGGUAUUACAGCUCUGCAUGUCAUUCAUAAAAAACAAAAUUGUCCGUCAGCGCCACCUGGCAGACAAACCAGAAGGUGUCAGACUUUUGUCUGGCAAGGGGUUACUGUUGAUGGGUGCUGACACAUUUUCACACAUUCACAAACAAACGCAUGAUGCAGUGUCCAGUUAUAGACAAACCAUUUUUAAUGAUUAGCAUGUGGCUCAUUAAAGCCACUUGGAAAUGCAAUUCUCUGUUUUCUCGUCAUGAAAACAAACAUAUUUUUAUACUUAUAGCACGGAGUCUUUUGUACCCAAAAUUGAUGGACUUUGUAUGAACCCCAACUCCUGUGACUGUGCCUCUUGUCUUUACACUGUAUGUAUUUAUGUAGCUAAGCGUGUGCAUAUGCCAUUCCCUUAUCACAUGCUCAGCCACCCCUGUAUUGACUGCCCCUGUAUUGACUGCAGGUUGACGUUUAUUGGGAUUAGUCUUGCCCUGUUGGCAGAACUGAGCAAUUUCCACUGGAUGUGCUAGCGGAAAAGUCAAAAUUUUAAGUAUGGGAAGAAUUCAUGAAAACAAACAUUUGCUUUUUGUUCUUAAUUUAAGGUUAGUGUUAGCGGUGUGGUUACGAUCAUGACUGUGGCUGUGCCAGGUUGUGACCACUCUGUAGAGCUACCUCCAGUACAUGAGUCUUCCCAAUAAAUGCUAACCUGCGUAUUGACCUCUGUCAUGGUUUGCUGGCCUGGUCACAGAUCUGUUUGUGCUGUUACUGCCAGGUUAGCAGAACCUGGCAGUAACUGAUCUGCGACCAGGCUAAAGGUUACCCAUACUGUAGAACUCUGCUUGUUACUGACCUGACAUCGCAUUGUAACCAAUGUGUCAAUUUCACUAUACAACAGGCAUUUGUGUAAAAUAAACAUUUGUAUGAACAUUUGUUAA